CAGGGAAGCCAGGUUGUGCUAAGGAGCUGAGUGGGAGUGGCGCGGAACUGCGGAGGCCGGGGAGUACCUGAGACGCAGUGGAAGCUGUAAGUGCGCUUUCCUCCAACAUAGAGAGGGCCCCCCAUAAAUAUUUUAAAAAUGACCACACCAAACAAGACACCUCCUGGUGCUGACCCUAAGCAGUUGGAAAGAACUGGAACAGUAAGAGAAAUUGGGUCACAAGCUGUUUGGUCGCUGUCAUCUUGCAAACCAGGAUUUGGAGUGGAUCAGUUACGAGAUGACAAUCUAGAAACUUAUUGGCAAUCAGAUGGCUCCCAGCCUCAUUUAGUGAAUAUUCAGUUCAGAAGAAAAACGACAGUGAAGACAUUAUGUAUUUAUGCAGACUACAAGUCUGAUGAAAGCUACACGCCAAGCAAGAUCUCAGUCAGAGUAGGAAAUAAUUUUCAUAAUCUUCAAGAAAUUCGGCAACUUGAAUUGGUGGAACCAAGUGGCUGGAUUCACGUUCCCUUAACUGAUAACCACAAGAAGCCAACUCGCACAUUUAUGAUACAGAUUGCUGUUCUAGCCAAUCACCAAAAUGGAAGAGACACCCACAUGAGACAGAUUAAAAUAUACACACCAGUGGAAGAGAGCUCUAUUGGUAAAUUUCCUAGGUGUACAACUAUUGAUUUUAUGAUGUAUCGUUCAAUAAGGUGAUUUUAAAAUGGAGUAAAAGUGAUUAAACCUGUUGUUUUGACAUGUCAUUACAUAUUGAUAUAAUCCCAUGUAGGUAUCUUUAUUGAAAAAAAUCAGUUAGUUUUCAGUUUUACAUAUGUUUAAAAGUAUUUUACUUUAAUAAAUACAUCAGUUUUGGAUCAUAUUGUCUCUACUUUCUUUAAUAUAUGGUAAAACUCACACAUUUUAUAUUACUAAAAGAAAUUGCAAGCCACUCAUAUUUUCUUGUAUUAAAAGAAAACUAGCUGAACUGAAAAUUUCAAGCUACACACAGAGCUUUAUUUUUUUCAGUUUUUAUUUUUUAUAGGUACGUGUUUGUAGCACAUAAUUACUGACAUAUGUGCAUAAGACAUCUUUAUUCUUUUCUUUAUCCCCUCCCCUUCACCUACACUGCCCCCUGCCCAUCUCGUGACCCCUUUUCCUUUUGCAAAAGAUCUGUUUUCCUUUUUUGUAUUAUCUGUCUUUUAUUUUAUUUGCUCUUU